AUUACACGUACACACGGAUCAGUGACGAAACACGCAUGUUAGCAUAGCGAGGGAUUCGCGUCACACGCAAGGAAGAGCGAGAAUCGUUGAGACACUGGAAAGUGUUAUUUUUUCAAUAAUUCUUGUGAUUGUUUAGCGUUUAAAAUGGGGAAAGCAGAUUUUCUGAGUCCUAAAGCGAUUGGCAACAGAAUCAAAGCCAAAGGCCUUCAGAAACUGCGCUGGUAUUGCCAGAUGUGUCAGAAACAGUGUAGAGAUGAAAACGGGUUUAAAUGUCACUGCAUGUCCGAGUCUCAUCAGAGACAGCUCCUGUUAGCUUCAGAGAACCCUAACCAGUUCAUGAACUACUUUUCAGAGGAGUUCAAAAGUGAUUUCUUAGAGCUGCUCCGAAGACGAUUUGGAACCAAGAGAGUUCACAAUAACAUUGUGUAUAAUGAGUACAUCAGUCAUCGGGAACACGUUCACAUGAACUCUACGCAGUGGGAGACUCUCACCGACUUCACCAAAUGGCUUGGGAGAGAAGGUUUUUGCAAAGUGGAUGAGACUCCCAAAGGCUGGUACAUCCAGUACAUUGAUCGUGAUCCAGAGACAAUCCGCAGGCAGGAGGAGCUGGAGAAGAAGAAGAAACAGGAUAUGGACGACGAAGAACGCAGCGCCAAGUUCAUCGAAGAACAAGUUCGCCGUGGUCGGGAGGGCAAGGAGCCUGAGGAGGAACCAGUGUUUACCGAACUAAAGCGAAAGAAUGAAGAUGAGAAAAUAGCUUUUAACUUGGACGUUGCUUUGGCGGGACCCUCCAAAACAAGCAACACUUUGGGUCCUAGUGCCCUCAAAGCUGCAGCCUCUGUGAAAAGGAAAGAGUCUGCCCACAGCGGAGACUCUAGGGAUAAGAAAAAGAAAUCUGCUCUGGAUGAGAUAAUAGAGAUGGAGCAACAGAAGAAGAAAUCUGUAAGAUCAGAUCACUGGAUUCAAGCAAACAUUGUAGUGAAAGUCAUAACGAAGAGAUUAGGAGAGAAGUAUUACAAGAAGAAAGCUGUCAUUCGGGAGGUGCAGAAUAAAUACACAGCUUUGGUGAGGAUGAUCGACUCUGGAGACAAACUCAAACUGGACCAGAGUCAUUUGGAGACAGUCAUUCCAGCUCCUGGUAAGCGAGUUAUGAUCCUGAAUGGUCAAUAUAAAGACACAGAGGCCAUCCUGGAAGGCAUAGAUGAACACAAAUUCUCUGCAACACUCAUGUUAGACUCGGGUCGGAUGAAAGGAAAGACAGUGGAGGGAAUUGCAUACGAGGACUUCUCUAAACUGGCCUGAUGUUCAUCUUCUCUCCAGGGCAACUCUACUGUGUCAGAGUGCAUAAUAAAGACUCUUAAAUUACCUCAUUUACAUACUGGAACAAAUCGACCAAUGGUUUUUAUUGUUUUGUUUUUUUUUCAUUGUUUUGUCAUUGAAAAUGGUUGCAUAUAAUUAAAAUAUUUAAUUAUUCAAACUUUUAAGUGAUUCAAUUAAAUGUUUCACUGCAAACAGUCAAGUCAGAAGUGGGAAAUACAUUAACAGGAAGUUUAAUUGGCUUAAUAAUUAAGUACAGUUCAAUUGGUUGAUGUACAGCACUAUUUCCCCAAGUUUUGUAUAUAUUUUCUUGUAGUAUUAAAAACCUUUUUUCUAAA